ACCAAAUCGAAACGAGAGUUCUUCACCAAAACCUCAAGCUCCCAAUCCAUCACCCACCUGAAACGAAACCCACACGAACCCUCAAACAUGUUUCUCUUACGUACCCCUCGAGCUCUCCCAAAACCAACUAGCUCCUUCCGCAGCAGCAGCAUCUCCAUCACCCGUGGCGGCGGCCCUGCAUUCAGCACCACUGCCCUCCGCUUCAAUAGCUCCGACUACGGGUCCGGCGACGCGAACCCCGAACACUCGCGCUCGCAAGAGACCAAAGACGCUGAGCACCCCGGUCCUGCACCUCCGUCGACAGGUGGUAGCAGCAGUGGUGGGAAGGAAGCCAGCUCACGCGGGCAGGCGGAGAAGAGCAGUGGAGGCGAGAAGAGUGAAGAUAAGCCCCAACCGAAGAUUCUCAACGCGAGUCAUCCGAAAGAGGGAGAGGAGAGCGAGGAUGUGAAGAAGCAUAACGAGGAUAUGAAGCAGAAUCGGGAGAAUCAGGGGGCGAAGAAGCCGAGUAAGGAGGGCCAUUAGAUGGGAGACGGUGGAGCAGACAGAAAGUCGGUCGCAGGAGACACAGAACCAAUGCUCGCGGUCAUCGUCAUAACAGGUAGUAAUCUGCAAAGCCGAGCGGCUGGAUCAUGGGUACGAAUGCAGAAUGACGCGGAGAGGACUAAGCCACGCGG